AUGGGUUCCCUAGUCGACACACCGUGGGAGGCAGACUAUGUGAUCGUCGGCGGAGGCACCUCAGGGCUCGUGCUAGCGGCCCGACUAUCCGAAGAUGAUGUCCCCCGAUCGGUGAUUGUCCUAGAGGCCGGCAAAAACCUAGUGGAGGACCCUCGGGUCCAGACGCCCGCACUGUGGACCACGCUGAUGGGAUCCGACGCGGAUUGGCAGUACCAAUCCAUCCCUCAGGUUGGGCUCGGCGACCGAGUCAUCAAGGAGCCCCAAGGCAAGCUGCUCGGAGGCUCCUCGGGCAUCAAUGGCCAGGCAUAUGUGGCUCCCACCAAGACGGGCAUCGAUGCCUGGGCCACGCUGGGAGCCACCGGCUGGGACUGGGAGACCCUGGCCCCGUAUUACAAAAAGGCCACGACUUUGCAGAUGCCUGAUGAGGCGACUCGCGACCAUAUCGGCGUCGCCUGGGUCGAUCCUGAGGUCAAUGGCACUUCGGGCCCCAUCAAGGUCUCCUUCCCCGCCGUGAAGCAGGACCCGUUGUCCAAGGCUUGGGUCCAGACCUUUCAGGAACUGGGUUAUGGGUGUACCACUGAUCCGUUCUCUGGCACAUCCACGGGUGGGUACUCCAACUUGGCGGCGGUCGACUUCGAGACCAAGACGCGCAGUUACGCCGCCACGGGCUACGGCCUCCCCGCCAUGGGGCGGGACGGGGUUCGCCUCGUCACCGAGGCGACCGUUCAGCGAGUGGUCUUUGCCGCUGACAACGCCGGAGUCCCGGCGGCCACCGGAGUCGAAGCCCAGAUUGACGGACAGACCGUCCUGGUGAAGGCCACGAAAGAAGUCAUCCUGGCCGCCGGAGCCUUGAACAGCCCGAAGCUUCUCGAGCUGUCUGGCAUUGGGAACAAGGACAUCCUAGCGCAGUAUGACAUUCCGCUCGUGGUGGACAACCCGAACGUGGGAGAGAAUCUGCAGGAUCAUUUGAUGAGUGGCAUCAGUUUCGAACUGUAUGCCGAGCACAAGACCGGGCCCAUGACCGUGGGAGGGGUCCAGUCCUGUGCCUACAUGCCCAUCACGAAGUACCGAGGCCGACCGGACGCCCAGGAGGCGUUUCUGGCUGGGUUUCCCACGGGUCCGGACCGACGCGACCAAGUCAUCCGGGAGAUAUACGCUCGGGCCGAUGCCCCCACGUGCUCCAUGUUCAUGUUUCUAGCCCAGGCCAACCUGCACCAAGACGGGAAGAGCUUCGUAGGCCAGGCCCUGCAGUCCGGGAACUUUUUGAGUCUGGGCCUCUCCCAGAGUCAUCCCUUCUCGCGCGGCACGGUCCACAUCGCCUCCGCCGACCCGUCCGUAUCGCCGACCAUCGAUCCGCGUUACUUCUCGAACUCGCUGGAUCUGGAGAUCAUGGCACAUAAUCUCUUGGACGUGGAACGCGUCCAUCGGGUGACGCUCAUGGCCGAGUUUCUCCUGGCGGAUGGACGUCGGAACCAUCCCGACGCGUUCCUUAGUGACCUCGACUCCGCGAAGAAGUAUCUCCGGGAUACGGCGACCACUACUUACCACUCGAGUGGGACGGCCGCGAUGCUGCCGCGGGAGAAUGGAGGGGUGGUUGAUGACCAGCUCCGGGUCUAUGGCGUUACCAAGCUUAGGGUGUGUGACGCGAGUAUCUUUCCUCUUAUUCCCGCGGCCAAUAUCAUGUCCACCGUGUAUGCGGUGGCGGAGAGGGCCGCAGACAUCAUCAAGGCGGAUAUUAAGGUCGUGUAUCAGAAAUACGACUUGAAGGAAAAGUACCCACUACAUCGGUUUUAUCUCAUCUCUAUGAUUUUCUACUUCAAGGCUGCGAUGACCCUUAACUACCUUACUCCCAACGCGACAACUUAUAGCCUUAUGGGUACUAGGUAUUACCCGCCCGAGGAUCAGCCGGAUUCCACGAUGGAUAUCUCCACCAGCGACAUGACGACCGUGCCCAAGACCCCCCUGCCCAUCAUCUUCGGAUCAAUGACAAUCGGCAGACCAGGUACUCCCCUCACACUCAACUACGAAAGCAAACCAGAGCUGACAAGGCACGCAGGCACAGCCCAUGUCCGAAUCAGCCACCCCAUCGAGACCACCACCAUGUUAGACAUAUUCCAACACCACGGCCACAAUGAAAUCGACACCGCCCGGGUCUACGGCGCAGGGUCCACCGAACACUACCUCGCCGACGCCCACUGGCACGAGCGGGGCCUGGUGAUGGCCACCAAGCUGUAUCCGACCCAACGACGAGACAUGAAAUGGCUCACGCCUCAGACAUGGACACACCGCCCGGAAGACAUCCGGGCCGGUCUGCUGGAGAGUUUGGAUGCACUGAAUGCCCGAGAAACCGGCAUUGAUAUGUUCUAUCUUCAUGGUCCGGAUCGAGAGGUGUCCAUUGAGGAAACCCUCGCUGAAGUGGAUAGAUUAUUCCGGGAGGGGUACUUCCGGCGCUUUGGGAUCUCGAAUUUUCAGGCUUGGGAAGUAGCUCGGAUCUGUGAGAUUUGUGAGCGGAAUGGAUAUGUCAGACCGAGUGUAUAUCAGGGGAUCUAUAAUGCGUAUCAGCGCUCGAUUGAGGCGGAACUAUUGCCGUGUCUACGGCACUAUGGGAUUGGGCUGUAUGCGUUUCAGCCGUUGGCGGCGGGGUUUUUGACGGCGCGGUAUCGUCGGGGUCAGAAGACGGAGGAGUAUGAGGUUGGGUCGAGGUUUGAUCCUCGUGUGCGGAGCAAUUUGAUGUAUCAUGAUCGGUAUUUGACGGAGAGGUCGUUUGAUGCGAUUGAGUUGCUUCGGCCGGUUGCGAGGAAGUAUGGUCUGACGGAAAGUGAGUGUGGGUUGCGAUGGAUGAUGCAUCAUAGUGCGUUGAGGAAGGAGUUCCAGGAUGCGCUGAUUGUUGGGGCAUCCAGCGCGGAUCAGCUGGAGAGGAAUUUGGUGGAUCUGGAAAAGGGUCCGUUGCCGGAGGAGAUUGUGCAGGUGCUGGAUGAGGGGUGGAAGGGCAUUUCGGGGACUUAUCGGUACUGGCAUUAG